AUGCUGGGCACUCAGCAACCCCUCCCUCUUAUUAGAAGAGCCUUCCCAAAGUGGAAGCUUACAUGGCUGGUCGAGCACUUCACAAAGGCUGACACGAAGCACACAUACAAGGAAUCCCCUAGCCCCUACUUUACGCGCAGCCAUGCAAAACGACAAGGGCCAUCUGGCAUCGCCUCUGACCCAGUGACAGUAGACGAUGAUGAUGGUGAUGACAGUGAUUCAGACAGGGAUGAAAAAUCGCACAAGACCAAAGAUGCGGACUUGGGAGACAAUCCCAACCCUGGUGCAUGA